UGAGACAAGUAAUUAACCUCGUUAUCUUUGGCCUCAGCAGUCGUGCAAAAACACUUGUUUGGACUGAACCCCCUCUGGCGCGAAGAAGAGUCUCUUUCCAAACAGGUAGCACAUGAGAACAUAGCUGUACAGAUUAAAAGACCUUCACUUAUUAUUAUUAUGCUCAUUAAAUUGAUAGAAAAAUUGUAUUCAAAGUGUUAUCAACAGCUUUUUAUGUACUUCGGCUGUGUCUAAAUGCAUUGAAGGUGGGCUUUUUGGCAAUCUUAACACUUCUGAAUGCUCCUAAUUCAGUGUGAUGCCUCCAGUCUAGGCCAAAGCAAAGCCUUUACAUAACCAGAAACCACAGCUAAGCCGCUAAGAAGACCGAUCCGAUGUUUACUUCUAGGAAGGUGAACACACAUGAGGACAGAGCUCCUCAACUUUAAGGUUUUGAUCUCUUAAGACAAACCAGGUAAGCUGUUAAAAUGUACAUGAAAUUGCCCCCAAAAAAACUGUUGUGCAUCACAGUUUUAGUUUGCAAGCAGCAAUGCAAGGGAUAUUUUUGGAAACAUUACAUUGUAUUAACUACAUAAACUAUUGUGACUCCAUUAAUAAUAUAUUUAAUCUGUUGCUAAGAUGCUUUCCCUGGUCUGAGCUUGUGGUCUGAACUGUUUGCUGCUGAAGUUUCAUUACAAAACUACAAUAAUUCAAAUAAAUACAAAUGAAGAUCAAGUGUAAUCUGAAAAUAUAUAACAAGAAACAUUGAACAUAUUUAAACCGUCCGAGAUCUUGCCAUACCCUUUAUAUAAAGACGUCUAUCCUUUAAAUAAUUCUGGGUUCAUUAGAUCAUUGUAGUCAAUAUUGUCAAGUAUUUGUUAUAUUGGAUUGAUAUUGAAGCUGUCGGCACCGAUGUGAUGAGGUACUUUGAUUUGUCAAUCCCUUAAUAUAAUGAUUUAAUAACUUGAUUAGCCAAAAUAGAGACUCUGCCACAUUAAUUUUUGACAUGCUAUACUGAUUUUUAUUUUAUAAAAUGUGCAAUAUAAUAUAAACAUUGAGCUGUCUUUUACACUUCAAUAUUUUAGUCCUCCUUAGUUGCAGCACAGCUUAUUUAAGCAGGCUGACUGCAUUAGAAUGAAGUCUUUUUCACAGCAGGCACUUAAACAUGUCAGAAAAUCACAGGUGUGAUUAAUAUUUGUUAACGACUGCGAUCCAUUUAGCUGCUUCUGGUAUUGUGCAUACUAAGGUCUUGACCUUUUGGGACACUUUUUCAAUCAUUUUAUCAACUGGGAACCAUCGCAAUGUAAUCACUGAUUACUUACUACAAAAUUGAAGGAGGGAGGCAUCUCGCCAACUACCUGGCAACCUACAAGGCUGUGCUGGACCUCUAAAGACUGAAGAUUCCUGUUGAUAUCCUGACAUGAAGCUCAAUUUACUUGGCACCACCGUGAUUCUGCUAGUUGCCUUCUUACCGCUCCACGAAUGUCGGGCUGUUGAGAGUCCCGGCGGUGCCCAAACCCAACACUCCCAGUCCCAACACUCCCAGUCCCAGUCCCAGCAGCAGUCUGGUCCCAUCCUGGAGCGGCUCGGAGAGGAGUAUUUCAUCCGACUGGGCAACGGGGACUCUGACUCUUUCCCAUCCUCGUCCAUGUAUCCCGGAGGAUCACCUGCCAUCUACAACAGAGCAUUGCAACUCCAGCUGACACGGCGUCUUUUGCAAGGGAAAGUUGGGACCAUCAGGUACCGCGGGGAUGAGUCGGUGGAUCGGGGGAGGAGGUCCGAGGACCCGCCGAUAUCUCUGGAUCUGACCUUCCACCUGCUGAGGGAGAUGAUGGAGAUGUCCAAGGCGGAGCAGAUGGCUCAGCAAGCUCAGAAUAACAGAAGAAUGAUGGAGCUCUUCGGGAAAUGA